AUGACCAAAAGCAUCCCCCCGUACGAAAAGCGGCUCCACGAGGCCUUCGCCAAGACCUACGCGGCGUUGGCCGAGUUGAAAAACAACCGCAACAAGUACAUGAGCUCGGCGCAGGUCUAUGUGAUUUACGACCGCUUUUUGCAGGACGUGCACGAAUUGUCGCUCACCCGCAAAGACGAGGAAUUGAAGGGCAUGUCGCUCAACUUGCCCAACCCCGUGGACCUGCUUAUCGACGACAUCUGGCACUUGCUCUCGCUCUCGUUCAUGACCUGCGGCUUGACGCAGUCCGCGCCCGCCACCUACCUGUCGUUGCUGACGGUGUAUAAAUUGCUCACGCAUUUGCGCGAGUGCCAGGUUUACUCGGACGACGACUUGCGGCCGAUCAAGGGGCGGUUGCUCGAGAUCGAGCAGAUCAUCGCGCGCCUGGGCGCGGACGACGCAGAAACAGACUCGCUGGGUCCCGCCUUCCUGGAGGAGACGCUCUUGUUGCGCAACAAAUUGGCCAAGUGUUUCCAGGUGUACCUGGAGAUCGAGGCCACGUUCAAGCAGAUCCCCAGCGACUUGGAGGCGCCGUACGCCAAGCUCAUAGCCAUCCGCAAGGCGCUCUUUGCGCUCGUCACGAGCGACGCGCCGCUGGCCGCGGACAUCCGCGCGCAGUCCGCACACUUGUCUGCCUGUUUGAAGGCCGUGGAGGCGGGGCGCGACUCGCUCGGCAAGUUCCCCAGCGCGGAGGCCUCGGGCGCCCGCUUGGCCGCGGCGCAGAUGGUGCUCGACGGCUUGCUCGACGACUGCAACAACUUGUUGUACGACUUGAACAUCCAGCACGACAACGACAUCCUGAGCCGCUUCGAGCUCCUCUCCGUGGAGGACUUGCAGGCGUCCGAGAUCCUCUCCACGCUCAAGCUGCUCUACGACGAGCUCCUCUCCAUCAAGCAAACCUUGGACAACUUGCUUGUCACGAGGCGGUGGACCAUGCGCGAGACCGACUUGUACACGUACCAGAAGUCGCUCAAGGCCAUUGACGAGAGGAGGGUGGGCGCCAACGAGAAGAUCUCCGCGUACGACGGCUCCGCAUUGAAGCGCAUGAAGAAGGCCCAGUUGCUCGUCUUGUAUCUCUUGAGGAGGUGCUACGCCCUUGUCUACAAGCUUUUGGAAAGUUCAGAGCCGGUUUCUGAGUCUUUGCAGCCCAUCCACAACCAGUUGUCCACCGUGCGCCGCUGCUUGUUGGAGAUCAAGCGCGUCGACGGCUUGAACAACCUCCGCGAGCUCUUCCCCUUCCAAUUCAAGCUAGCCUCGCUCGACAACCUAAGGCACGACGGCAAGUUCAUUGUCAACAACCAGGUGCCGGAGGGCCAGGGCACCUUGAAUGCGUUGUUGGCAGAGUGCUUCGACAUUCUCUACGAACUCAAAAUCGAGUUGGAGGAGAAGGAAGAAAACGAGGACCCGGACGACGCCGAAUGCUGCCGCAAUGCCGGCAACAUCACCGACGAGGAAGACAAGGGGUCGGACGACGAGGUGGAGCUCAAGCGCAACCGCUAUAUGGGCUUCAACGAGGCGGACUAUGAUGUUGUCAGUGAGAGCGAGCUCUCAGGGAUCAGUGACAGCGAGUUCGAAAGCAACGACUACUAUUAA